GUUAAAUGAGUGAGCUCAUGGGGAACCCCAUUGUGCCAAGCUGUGUAGUCACCAUUAAAGUAUUCCACACACCAGGACUCGGGUCCACGGCCCAGCCAGCAUUGCUCCUCACGACCCUUCCUGGGGAUGCUGGGAUAGAGUGCAGGUUCAACAUCUCACCAAACCACUUAUUCCUCUGCCUCUUCUCCAGUGAGGACGAUCACAACAGCGGGGACCACCUGCAUCAGCCAGGCACAUACACGAAAUACUACAACACCCCAUUGUUCUACAGAAUUGUGAAAUGGCAUUAGGUGGAGAAAAGGAGGAGUUAUGUGCUGGUUACCUGUACAAGUCCCCCCAAAAAAGCCUGUUUAAAUUACAGAAAUCAUGGAAGCGGAGGUAUUUUGUUCUUCUGAAGAAAAGUAAAACUACGUGCCAUCUUAAGUAUUUUAACAGUGAAGAAAUGAAGAAGAGUGAACCAAUUGGAGCCAUCGAUCUGGCUCAGGUCUCAUUGAUGUUUCUGAAUCCUGAGAUCCACUAUAUGUGGAAAUGGGUCCAAGAAAUUUUCAGAUGCUCUCCAUCCUGUGUUCUUUUUAUGAAAGUGGCUGACAGAGAGUAUUUUCUCAUUGGGGAAACCAGUUCAGAGAUUGAAAGGUGGUUCUUUGCCUUAUAUGAGGCUAUGAAUAAUCGUCCACACAGACUGCUUGAUCUUAAGGAAACUGGGAGAAUCAGAGACAUAAGUGCACCUCGAAAUUCACUAAAGACAUACCAGAGGGUUGAGUGGAGACUAGAUGCAAGUUCAGACUCUGACAUUCCCUCAAGCAAAGAAGAUCAACAUGAAAAAGAAGUAGGAGCAACUAAAGGGACAUGAACAAGUACAAGAUCAUUUAAAGAUCAAGAUCAUUCUGCUUUUUUUAUUUUUUUUAUUUAUUUAUUUAUUUUUUUUUUUUUCUGGUGAAGUGAAGGCAAGCUGAAGAAAAGAGUCCCAGAAGAUUCCCAUGUGUGUACAUGUUUUGAAACAAUUUGACAUUCUUAUUUAGGUCACUGGGUUUAGCUAAAUGGUUACAGCAAUAUUAACUAUGAUAUUCAUGUAUAAGUAACUCAUCAGUCAAAUACUGUAUGUUAGGGAAUAAAAACUGGUAGACUCUCUCACAAUGUAUGACUAUGAAAUAUAUGUAUUUAUGUGUGGUUCUACUGAGGUUCCAGAACUGUUUGAUGAACUAAGCUAUGAUCAUGUGUAUGAUACAAAUUCAAGAUAGCAUAAGUAAAAACUAGAAUAAAAAUUAUUAGGAUAAGAUCAAUAUUGUCAUGUAUAUAUUAGAUUUAUUAAAAUGUUGUUUGUUGUGAUUGAUUAUGUCUCAUAUUCAUUGAUCUCAGUGUCUGCAUCUGAAAUGAUAGCAUUAAGUAAUGAGUCUUACUGUCUUGCCCAUUAAUCUCUAUAUAUAUAAUUAAGACAUGCUAAUGUGUCACCGUUGGACCAUGUGAUCCAGAAUUGAUUAUACCCUACUGAAAAGUAUAGCUUUGUCAGACCAAAAAGGCUUAGCUGUUCAAGCAUUUAUCACAUCUUUCCUUAUUACUGACAAAUUGAUCAACAAAACUUUGAGAUUUUGAGAUUUUCAGCUUGUUCUGUGUUUUAGCAGCUGGUAGCUGGUCACACUAACUGCUCACACUUUUUCAUCAGGGUGCUUGCUUGUUUAUUUUUAUAAGAAUAAUGCUAGAUCUCACCUACGUGAUCUAUUUUUUGAAACUUUUUUUAAACUGUUUAUCUGUUUAAAAAUGAUUCACAACAUGCAGCGUGAGGAAGACGUCCCUGUGUGUUUUUUUGGGUUUUUCUUUUUUUUCACUACAUAUUUGCUCUCUUGCCCGCACCUUCUGAACAGUGUUCGGAGAUAACCCACAGGUUGGACCACACAAACAGGAAGGUCUAUCUUAAGCAAAUUCCUAACUGAGAUCCAAAACAGAGACAGAAGUCAAUGCUAGACAUUACCGAAAAAAGAAAAAACAGUACUGUGCAGCAGAGAUAGGAAUUUAGGAAGUAUGACUAGGCGACUUGGGUAAGCAGUGCUCAGAUUGUCAUUCUACACAGAUGUAAAAACACAGGACUAUCAGGACAAGUGUAAUAAUG